UCUCAUUUGCGCCUCUAAUACUCAAACCCCAAUGUGCCGCUAUCAUUUAUGGGGGGUAGCGACAUCAUCCAAAACCCUCUUCGACGCAGCAUGGAAUCGCAGUUGAUCUUUCAUUCUAAAAUUUAUCUUUUAAGUUUCCACUUGAGUUCUACCCUACAUACUUACAUCUAAUCCCAAGACAAGACUAUUGUCAAAGAGAUCAUGGCUGGUGCCAGUAGCAGAUCAACUAUUGAUGCACCCCCCGCCACAUCCGAAGAUAGAGUUCUCGCAAACGAGUGUGAGCAGAACCAUAAAAGAAUUAGAGCAUGCAUUGCAUGCCGUAAUAUGAAGAUAAAAUGCGUUUCGGUCCCUGGUUCGAAAGAUUGUGAGACCUGCAUAAGAUUUUCCCGUCCCUGUCAAGACCCAGGGCCGCCAAAAGCGCGGGUGAAAACUUCCCAGAAGUUCAGCGAACUGGAGAAGAAGAUCGACGCUUUAACUAGCGCGUUAGACGCUGAGAGGAAACGGUAUCAGCAGUCUCUGAAACAAGCGAGAGAAGACGCAGAGUGGUCUAGGACGCCAGACUCUAGUUCCAGGGGUGACAAUACUUCGCCUUUCAUCGAACGGCAGGAUCACCACCCAGAAAUGGUUACCAGCGACGGCAAUGGUACGGAUAACCCCGAUGUUGUUAGUCGUGGCUUGGUAGAUAUUCACACCGCUUCUAUGCUUUUCAACCACUGGAACACCCAUAUGCGCCCGUUGAUGCCUUCCAUCUACUUCUCAUCCGGGGAGAAUGUAAACACCAUCCGAGCGAAGAAACCCAUAUUAUUCUUGACAAUAAUCACCAUAGCUAGCACUUCUGUCGAGCCGUCUAUUGUGCAUCCUCUUCUAGCACAGCUAAACAGCGUUCUAGCGCAGGAGGUCUUUAUCCAGGGCGCAAACUCUCUCGACUUGCUCCAGUCUCUAGUCCUCUUCUCACAAUAUUACAUACAACCUCCUCACAUCAAGGCAUUCGCGCUACCUCAGCAUAUCUACAGCGCCGUGGUUAUGUCUCAUGAUCUCAGCUUAGAAACGGUACUCAGAUCUAAUGAAAAGGGGGAUAGCGAAAAGGAAAAGGAAGCGUAUAGAACUUUACUAGCCGUGUAUUUUGGUGCAUCAUGUUCAGCAACGCUUCUACGGCGACACCAGCCACUGAUAUUUUCACCGUCGUAUCGGGCGUGCAUGGAAGCUCUAACGCGAGGAAGCAAUACGUGGACUGAUGACCAUUGGCUAUGCAGUCUCGUAGGUCUCCAAGAAAUUUUCGAUGACGCCUCAAAGACGUUGAAUGCGUCGUAUACAUGCACGGACGAGUCCUUCGAUGACUUCAGAACACAACAUCUACUAGGAAUUUUCCGACAGAGACUAGCUGACUGGAAACUAUCCCCAUCAGGAGACCUAGACCCUCGCCUCAAAAAUCACGCAGUAUUAGUAGCUGAGCUCUACAUCCACCAAGUGGCCGUCAGGGUUUACGGUCGCCAAAUACGCGCUUGGCUGAAGAUCAAAGACAAUGAGAAUCCAAACCAGACACCACCGGUAUUCACCGCGACACAUAUCGACGCACUUUGCCAUUGCCUCAGCGCGGGUGCUAACGCUCUGAAUAUUUACCUUUCACUGGACGAUACCCUUAUCCGCUCCCUCCCCAACGUAUUCCUUAUUUGGAAUCUAUGUGUCGUAGUUGGCUUAUUGAAGCUGGGUCAUUUCGCUGAGGAUCUAUCGCAUUCUCGUGUCAAUGGCCCUAAUAAUUACAACCCCCCUUCUCCGUUGGAUCUGCUCGAAGCGUUGAUUCAAAGACUCACUACCUUAUCUCUGCACGGGUAUUUCCCUCAAUCACGACCAUUCAUAGUUGCAUUUAAGAAGCUCAGGACGUGGUACCAGCAGAGGAAGAUUAUCUGUAUUAACAGUAAUGGCGGUUGCGAUGAUGGAAGUGCCGAGCUUGUUCAUGAUGUGCUUGAGACACAAACCCCACCAGCGUCUCCGUCGCCUUCGCAUUCACGGAUCCAUACACCUGUCCGACCGCAGCCAGGGUACCAAGAUCCCUUGAGGAACAGUUACGACACGCAAGCAGAUCAGAAUAGCCCAGCUUUGAUGACUGAGCUACAGUCCACAACGCAGCCUAAUAUUAUUAACUGGGACGUGGGUUCUCACGCUUUUGAUCCUACCUCCAAAGCACCAACCCAUAGCACUGGGGCUCUAAACGCUAUUAAUUCUGAUCCGGUCUAUCCCCCUGGCUAUUUUAAUGGUAGCAUAGGAGAUAUCGGGUUUGGCCUCGACGAUAUGAAGGAUAUUGACGACUUUAUGAUGCAGACGGUUGAUGGGGGAUUAUGGUCGUUGCUGUAGGACAGCGAUCUUGGAUCCAGAGGGACUUUGUAAGGUACCUUAAUGUAACAUCAGUGGCUUAAAGUUACGCUACCUUAGGAGGUAGUUAGUGUGUAACUAAAGCGGGCUAUCUUCAGUACCAUCGAGCUGAGUGGUGAUCCCCCUGUGCUGAAUUGUACGGAUCCGCAAUCCGCAAUUAGGUACUGGGCUGGCAAGAAUUGUCUAGCAAGGUGAUUCCUCAUGACCCUUAGAAAUGAGAACUUCAAAAGUCUUUUUGUCAGCUUUUUCGGAUUAUCAAUACUUAUUAACAUGGGUCUUGGAAUUUAUUAGACUCGAUCAUCGGCCCCAAUCAGCCCCGAGAAAUCUACGAUAUUUGGUGUACCUACCUCUAACAUAGUAAGUAGUAUGGAGACGCUAAAGUCGGGGAGAAAAUAGAACAUAACACGGGUGUGUCUUUAAUCGGUCGCUCUGCCCUCCGGUCAGGGGUGUGCUGGUCUCGGCCGGUGCCGCAGAGCCCCGAGAUCAACCAUCAUUGAUUGCUUC